AUGAUUAAGGAUGUCUCAAAGGCACUGACAAGAGCUUACAAGACCUGCAACUUGAUUAUAUCGAUCUAUACCUUAUUCAAUGGCCAUUUCGGUCAAAACCUGGAAACACAAGGGUGGUUUCCUGAAAAUAUGGCUCCCUGUGCCUUGAAGAAACAUGGACUGCAAUGGAAGGAUUGUUUGCUUCUUGGCCAGGCACGGGCAAUUGGUCGUGGAGUGCCAUCCUGUCUGGCAGCAACCUGCCCUUCACAAUCUCUGAACUCUACUGGUGUUCACCUCUCGGCAUGUGCUCCUCUGGGAUCUCCAGGGUCUUGGGUGAAAGGUGAAGUCUUGCAGGAACCAACACUGGUUAAGGUUGCCCAGAAAACUUAA